AUGGAAGACCUAAAAGAUUCCACACUAACACCAGCAUCACCGUAUGAAAAUUCACAUUCUCCAACGUGCUUUGUCGAUGAAUACGACGAAAUUGAUGAUUUCAAUAAUGUAAAUCAUGACGAAGAUCAUCAUCAUGAACCUCCUCCUGUGAUUACUGCCUUUUCCUUUUCUCCAAAAAUACAAAAACCAUGUGUGAUCUUUGAUCCGAAUCCAAUUUGUGAUAAAAAAGAAGACCAAGCUCGCGUCACAGUGGCAACAAAACUGAACGAUCCUGUUGAAUCAUCUGAUGCAUUGAUCCACAAUAACAACAACAACAUUAAUACUCAUCAAGAAACUCCCACAAUGAUUGUGACUGAGAAUGAUCAUUCACAACACGCAAAUGUCAACCAUGUCGACAAUGAAAGUUUUUCAUCACACGAUGCACUGAAUCAAAAAUUGAAAUAUCAUGAUUUUUUGAUUGUUGAAUUGGGAGAAGACUAUGGAUUUAUGAAAAUGGCAUUACCAAGAGAACGAUAUGAACCAGUGUAUGAAAAUGUGAGAACUGGAAAGAUUCAUGUGUUAGGAAAGGGAGCCUUUGGAAUUGUUAUUGCAUGUUAUGACAAACAAAAUAACAACGCAAAGGUUGCUGUAAAGAAAUGUAUUAAUGCACUCAAUGUGGUUCCUUGGAAUAUUAUUCGAGAAGUUGAAUGUAUGAAACAUUUGAGAGGUCAUCGGAAUGUCAUUGAACUGAUUGAUGUGUAUAUUGAAUAUAAUUCAUUUGACAAGGAAUCGUCUGAUAUUUAUAUUGUGACAGAAUUGUGUGAAAAAACCUUGUGGGAAUAUUUAAACGAAAAAACAUUUCCUCAAACUCCAUUGUACGAACAUGAAGUCAAAAACUUUAUGAGUCAAUUACUGUCAUGCUGUGUAUAUAUGCACAGUGCAUCUAUUAUUCACAGAGAUAUCAAACCAGAGAAUUUGCUCAUGAAAGGAGAAAUUCUGAAAUUAAUUGAUUGGGGAAGUGCAACCAUGUGCAAAGAACAACAGACGGUCGAACAUUUGGAAUCAGUUUAUGUUGUUACAAAAUGUUAUCGACCACCAGAAGUGGUGUUGACAUCGGAAGAACAAUCACCUGCCAUUGAUGUGUGGUCCAUUGGAUGUGUUUUUGCAGAAUUAUUAUUUCUACUGGAAGAUCCUCCCUCAAGACAACCCUUAUUCUAUGUGAAAAAUCCUGGUGUGGUGGGAACGAGAGAGCACUUGAUGAAAAUUGUUGCAAUAUGUGGCAAACCUUCACCUCAGGAUAUGCUUGGUUCUCUGAAAGGAAAAGAAUACUUUCAAACGUUGCUCAACAAGACCAAUCAACCAAAAAUUCCUUUGGACGCAAUUUUUGCAAAUGCCUCUCCUGAAGCUCUUGAUUUAUUAAGCAAAUUACUGACAUUUAAUCCUGCAAAGAGAAUUACUCCUGAAGUAGCAUUGAGACAUCCAUACCUGAAAGGAAAUCGAUACAUUGAUACCAAUAAUUGUGAUGAAGAGUUUCAAAUUAAGCUCUUGUUGGAUAAUAUCACGAUUGUAGAUCGCAAAGAAUCUGAUCGUUGGAAGCUGCCACAAUGGAAGAAAUGUUUCAAAGAGUUGCUUGUCGAGUGGGGUAAUGAAUUAGCUCCAAUUAAUAAAACAGAGGACAACUGA